AUGACGACUCAAAGAUGGGAUAUGAAAUCAAAUUAUAUGCUUACAUUUACUGUUUGUAAAUAUGGUUUAAAUCCAGAACGAUGGGAUUUAAUUGCAAAUGAUCUAGCUGAGGAUAUUAAUACAACACCACAAAAUUGUAAAGCACAAUUUUAUUUAUUAUGUCAACAAUAUGGUCAAGAUUGGCACAAAGAAUCACUUGAACGUCUUGAUACUCAUAUUUUUUCAAUAAUAAAACGUCUUUAUUAUGGUGAUCUAUGUGAACGAAUGACUGAAUCACGAGAUUUACUUAUGGUUAUGUAUGAUUUUAUACGCUUAUUUAAAAGUGGUCGAGUUAAACCAAAUGAUAUCAGUGAAAUUUUACAAGAUGUUAAAAAUAGUGUUACAACUCAUAAUAAUACACAAGAUAAUGAACGAGAACAAAAAAUAAAAAUGCUUGGACGUCUUAAAUUACAUAUGACACAACAAAUAUCUCAAACAUCACAUUCACAAGAUUUAUCAUGUUCAGUUGAAUUAUUACCUCCACCACCAUUUUUUCAAUAUCAACCAACAAAUACAAAUUAUAUUUCUCAAGAACAAUUGGCUAUAACAACAGAUGAAAAUGAUCGACAAGUGCCUUCAAUAGAUAAUUGUAAAAAAUCUGAUCCAACUGACACAUCAUCAUUUCCAAUAAUUACACAAUCAAAUAAUAUUUUUAUUGGAAACGAAAUAGAAUCAUCCAAUAAUAAUAAUAAUCAAUCAAAUGAAGAUGAUAUUGAUGAAAUUGAACUUAGUUCAAAUGAUGAUAAUGAUCGAACUGAAACAGUACAAAUGUCAACUAUUAAUGAAUGUGUAACGAGUACAAAUUUAAUUAUUGAUCAAGAUGAAUCAACAUUUAUGUCAGUUGAACAACUAGAAACAAAUGUAUCAUCAACUAUACCACCAAUACCUAUUGAAGUAUCAAAUUCAAAUGAUAAAGAUUUAUAUGAAAUUGUAAGUAGUAUUGGUGUUAGUAAUCAAUCAGAAUCUGAUACUCGAUUAUCAACUGAGGAACGAGCAACAUCAAGUAUCAACAAUUUACCAACAUCAUCAAAUCUUCAACUCAAUGCAAAUAUUACUAGUUCAAGUGAUUAUUCUACAUUAGAUAAUGAUCGAAUAGAAUCGACAGAAGAUCAGAAUCAUCAUUCGAUUCAAACCGAAUCAAUUGUUAUAAUAUCGAGACAUAUUUCUGUUGACGACAGUGAAAUUAAUCAGAUGGAUACUGAACAGAUUUCAAAUGAUCAUACUGAUACUACAGUACUAAAUAAUAAUAAUGAUAAUGAUGAUGCUAGUUUUGUUAUUGAGGAAACAGUUUCGAAUACAGAUACUUUUAAGAUUUCAAUUUCAUCCAAAACUAAUGAAAAUGAUGAAUCAACAAUUACAAGAAAUUCAAAUAGAAAAUCACGCUUGACAACAACUUCAUCAUCCAAUAAUUUUCGUAAAUCAAUCAUAUCAAUUCUUAAUAAUUUAAAAACUGCUAAAUAUGGUUCUGAUUUUGCUAAACCACUUAAAUCAUUUAAAUUACCUGAUGAAUAUUAUUUUCGUAUUAAAAAACCAUUAGACAUACCUGAAAUACGUGAACGUAUGAAUAAUGGUGAUUAUGAUGAUAAUAUUCUUUUAUUUGAACGUGAUAUUUUAUUAAUGUUUACAAAUGCUUUAUCAAUGUAUCAUCGAGAUCUUGAUAUUCAUGAUCAUGCACAACAAAUGAUAAAUUACGCAAUGGAAUUAUUUUCACUCAUUGAAAAUGUUCAUAUUCCAUGGAAAACUGAACAUAUUAAAAAUGAUGAUGAUGAUGAUGAUACAUCAAAUGUAUGUCUUCCUGAUAAUGAAAAUGAUAGUAAUGAUGAUGCACUGAAUAUUUCGUCAAGCAUACAAACACCACCUUUAAGGGCGUCAACAUCACCAUCUAAUCACGUUGAUUUAUCAACAAAAUGUCUUCGACGUCAAACAACAUCGAAUCAUCCAAUGAAUAAACGACAACGUAAAACAAUGCAUUAA